UCCGGGCCCGGCCGCCGGGCGCUGCCGCUGGUGGUGAUCCUGGGAGCCACGGGCACCGGCAAGUCCGACCUGGCGCUGCAGCUGGGCCUGCGGCUGGGCGGCGAGAUCGUGGGCGCCGACUCCAUGCAGGGGAUUAUUAUUAGGAGACCACCUCAGAAGCCCAGCUGAGAUCAGGCCCCUCACUGUGCCUGGUGCUGCAUAAACAGAUGAUUGCUGCCCUGAAGAGCUAGUGAUCUAAACGGACCAACACAGGGUUAAGGGAGAAGGGCUGUAACACAGGAGCAAGGGUGACAGAUGGUACCUGUCAGGCUCUUUAGAGCAGUGGCCCAGCUGCUUCUCAGCACGGGCUGCCAACAGCAUCCGAGGCUCUUUGUGUUGUGCCAGGCCAGUGCCAGGGUCCGUGGGCAUACAUCACCGAAGAGACUUGUAUUUGCACAGUGCCCGUGAAGCAUGCAAGGGACACACCCACCAAUGUAACAACACGCUCUUCUGAAAGAGCUCUCCUCAGGGGACCCUCCUAAUUCCUUAGAGCCGGAGCUCGAAAUUGUAAGUAAGGCUCUGAUAUUUACACUGGGUAGUUCCUUAGUUUUGGCCAUAACUGGGUAUUUACACACCCCAGAUGGUGGAUCCUGGGUAUGACCUUGAUGUUUGUGCUGCCUGGAUGCAGAGCGUGGCGAUUUACAAAGAGCCCUGCAGAAGGAUUAGCCUGUUUUUAAAAAAACUCUGUUCCUAAAUCAAGGAAUGUGAUCCAGCGGCUAGUCACCAGCCCGGGAGCCAGGCUAUCUGGGUCCAGUCCCAGCUGUGCUGCUCCCUUGCUGUGUGAUGGGCAGGACCCUCCUGAGUGCCUCCGUUUCACUAGGGAGUACUCCUCUAUCUCACAGGGGAUGUAAUGACGUGAGGUGCUUUGAGAUCUUCACAUGAAAAGUGCCCUGAAGUCUGUUUCCUGGUUCCGCAAGGAAGGAGUAGGAGAAGAGGGGGGAUUGAAUAGCCCAGCGAUACUAGGCUGCCUAGCUGAGGGAUGUUCUUAUCAGGGGCUUAGAAAAUAAUCAGAUCCAAUAGUGCUAUCUGCACAGUGAGUUUGAUGACUAUGGUAGCAUGGUUUUUGCUGUUCCUGAAGGGGUGUGGUGCAUUGGGUUUGAUCGGUGAUUGUGCAUUUUCUUUCCGUAACUACCCAAAACACAGAUCUUCCAGGGUGCACCGUGCACUGUAUUACACCAUUGCAGGAAAGGAUACAGGUGUACAAGGGGCUGGACAUCAUCACAAACAAGAUCUCUCCCCAGGAGCAGGCUUUGUGCAGACACCACAUGAUCAGCUUUGUGGAUCCCUUGGUCUCUAACUACACUGUGGUGGACUUCCGGAACAAAGCAGCGGCCCUGAUUGAAGAUAUAUUUGCUCGAGAGAAGAUCCCAAUCGUUGUGGGAGGCACCAACUAUUACAUCGAGUCCCUGCUCUGGAAGGUCCUUGUCGACACCAAGGAACAUUUGCAGAGGUUUGACUUGGGCGGGCUGAUCUGUGCCCCACAGGAGAAGACCAGCCCUUCCCCUGGGCGAGCAGCCGACCGGAAGGUGGAGCUGGAGCAGCUGGAUGGCCGUGAGCUCCAUUGCCGGCUGAGCCACGUGGACCCGGAGAUGGCUGCCAAGCUGCAUCCCCAUGAUAAGCGCAAAGUGGCCAGGAGCCUGCAAGUGUUUGAAGAAACUGGGAUCCCCCAUAGCGAGUUCCUGCAUCGGCAGCGAGAGGAGGAAGGUGGGGGCCCGUUGGGGGGGCCUCUGAAGUACCCAAACUCCUGUAUCCUGUGGCUUUAUGCAGACCAGGCAGCUCUAGAUGAGCGGCUGGACAAGCGGGUGGAUGACAUGGUAGCAGCGGGGCUCCUGGAGGAGCUGCGGGACUUCCACCGGCGUUACAACCAGGAGAAGGUGGCUGAGAACUGCCAGGAUUAUCAGCACGGCAUUUUCCAAUCUAUUGGCUUCAAGGAGUUCCACGAGUACCUUAUCACGGAGGGGAAGUGCCCUCAGGAGACCAGUGCCUUGCUGCUGGAGAAAGGGAUCCAGGCCCUGAAACUAGUGACAAAGAGAUACGCCCGGAAGCAGAACAAGUGGGUCCGAAACCGCUUCUUGAGACGCCCUGGACCCAAUGUGCCCCCAGUGUAUGGUUUGGAGGUGUCUGAUCUCUCACGGUGGGAUGAGAAUAUAUUGAAACCUGCCCUUCAGAUUGUGGAGAGCUUCAUCCAGGGGCAGCAGCCAUCGGCAGACCCUGUAAAGAUGGAGAGUGAGAUAAAUGAGGACAAACGGAGUCAUCACAUGUGUGAGCUCUGCAACAGAGUCAUCAUUGGGGACAGAGAAUGGGCAGCUCACACAAAGUCGAAGUCCCACCUGCACCACCUGAAGAAAAGACGGAAACUGCACUCGAAGCUCAGUGCUGUGGAAAGCCAAGUUAAUGUCACAGGGACUCAAGGAGAUAGUGACGGGACACAGAACUUGGGACAGGACAGAAAGUAGGCUCAGUUCUGCAUCUGCCAGCCAGCUGGGGAGCAGGGUCAGCAGCUGUUCUGCCCCCAGUGGAAUCAAGACUGAACGGAGCAGAGCGCAGGAAGGAUCUGGGGAUAAGCUGGGUGUCUUGCUUUCAGCAUCUUGCUGCAGGCAAGAGCGUAUCCUCUUCACACGGCACGAAUGGGGCGAGGAUCCCCAGACUUCUCCAGCCCAGCCUGAAAACGGCUGAACCUCCAAGCAAGCUCAUCAGGCGCAACCAAGCUGAGUUGUGUUUUUAAUUCUAGGCAGUGAUGCAGCAUCCCAGCCUUGGGAUUUGAUCUAGUUUGCUGGCAUUUGAGUGAGGUGUUCUCAGGGACAGAAAUACUGUGUCCAUUCCAGCCUGGGCCAAAAGCAUAAAGCCACACGCUAGGGAAUUCUCGCUAUCUUUAUUUAUUGUUUAUGAAGGCGAUUUUUUUAAACAUCUAAAUAAAGUAGAAACGUUGGCCCCCUC